AGCUAUCCUCAAACCAUACAUUUCUUGCAUUUCUUUCACAUAUAUAGUUAGCUGAAAACAAGAAAUGGGAUCUACCAAACUCAUUUCACUUCUCUUCUGUCUCCUGUUGAUCGUCUCGACCUCUUCAGCCACUCAAAAAAAGAAAUCACGCAAGCCUUGUAAAACGCUUGUGGUCUACUUUCAUGACAUACUUUACAAUGGACAGAACGCGGAGAACGCAACUUCAGCAAUUGUAGCUGCACCGGCUUGGGGCAACAAAACUAUCUUAGCUGAACAAAACCAUUUUGGCGACAUAAUUGUGUUCGAUGACCCUAUAACCUUAGACAACAAUCUGCAUUCAACCCCAGUUGGACGUGCACAAGGGCUUUAUUUAUACGACGGGAAACAAACCUUUAGUACUUGGUUUGGUUUCUCUUUUUUGUUCAAUUCUACGGAGCACAAGGGUAUUGUAACCUUUGCUGGGGCUGAUCCAUUCUUGGAAAAGACUAGGGAUAUUCCAGUGAUUGGAGGAACUGGUGACUUCUUCAUGGCUAGAGGUAUUGCCACUUUCAUGACUGAUGCCUUUGAGGGGGAAGUAUAUUUUAGGGUUCGCGUUAAUAUCAGUUUGUAUGAAUGCUGGUGAUUUCUUUGCCCUUUUUAAUUCAAACAAACCAUGAUCAAGCAUAAGAAUAAAAAAUAAUGUAUUAUUAUUUAUUAUUAAUGUAUUUCAUAAAAAAUAAUGUAUUGGCUCCAAUU